AUGACCAGCAUGGUUGGAGGACAGAGCGACGACGUCCACCAGUCCGCCGUUCACCAAGCCUCGGCCACAAUGGACGAGUACAAACUCCCGGAAUUGCGCCUGAAGCGCAAGAUGGAUGAUCCGAGCAAGGAGCCGCUCAUCCUCGUGGCCUGCGGGUCCUUCUCUCCCAUCACCUAUCUCCACUUGCGCAUGUUCGAGAUGGCCGGCGACUACGUUAAAUUUAGCACCAACUUUGAGAUGGUGGGGGGUUAUCUCUCUCCGGUAUCGGAUGCCUAUCGCAAGGCGGGCUUGGCCAGUGCGGAGCACCGGGUGGCUAUGUGCCAGCUUGCAGUGGACCAGACGUCCGAUUGGCUGAUGGUCGAUACGUGGGAACCGAUGCAGAAGGAAUACCAGCCCACGGCGCUCGUGCUGGACCACUUCGACCAUGAGAUCAACGUCGUACGGCAGGGUAUCGACGUCGGAGAUGGCACUCGGAAACCGGUGCGGAUUGCCCUGCUGGCCGGGGCAGAUCUGAUCCACACCAUGUCGACGCCGGGUGUGUGGAGCGAGAAGGAUCUCGAUCACAUUUUGGGCAAAUAUGGGUCUUUUAUCGUUGAACGGAGCGGAACCGACAUCGACGAGGCGUUGGCUGCGUUGCAGCCGUGGAAGGACAAUAUCUACGUGAUCCAGCAGCUCAUCCAGAACGACGUCAGCAGCACGAAGAUCCGGCUGUUCCUCCGGCGUGAGAUGAGCGUUCGCUAUCUAAUCCCAGUGCCAGUCAUCCACUACAUCGAGCAGCACCACCUGUACGAAGACGACGGGGCCGCCUCGACCACCGACAAAGGCAAAGGCAAAGGAAAACAGGAAUCCAACCAGUCUGGCUGA